AUGUCUUUCAAGAGAGAGGGGGAUGACUGGAGUCAACUCAAUGUGCUCAAGAAGCGGAGAGUGGGGGACCUGCUGGCCAGUUAUAUACCAGAGGACGAGGCGCUGAUGCUACGGGAUGGACGCUUUGCUUGUGCCAUAUGUCCCCACCGACCUGUACUGGAUACCCUGGCCAUGCUGACUGCCCACCGUGCAGGCAAGAAACAUCUGUCCAGCCUGCAGCUUUUCUAUGGCAAGAAGCAGUCAGGAAAAGGAGUAGAGCAGAAUCCAAGACAGCAGAAUGAAUUGGAGAGGGAAGAGACCAAAGGAGAGGCUCCUCUGUUAACCCAGACUCGACUUAUCACCCAGAAUGCUCUGCACAGAGCUCCUCACUAUAGCAGUUGCUGUCGACGAAAGUACAGGCCAGAAGCUCCUCGUCCCUCUGUCUCACCUUCCCCUCUGCUACCCCCAGAUGUUGAACUCCAAAGUGGGAAGCCCAGUAGGGACCCAGAGCCGGGCGCAGGCCCACAGGCUAAGGAGUCAGCAGCUGCCUCAUCCCCUGCACCUAUGAGCCCCACGAGAAGACGAGCCCUGGAUCAUUACCUCACUCUUCGAAGCUCUGGAUGGAUUCCAGAUGGACGAGGUGGAUGGGUAAAAGAUGAGAAUGUUGAGUUUGAUUCUGAUGAGGAGGAACCUCCUGAUCUCCCCUUAGACUGA